UCUUGUCCCUUUGAGGACCCCAACUGCACCAAAAUUGUGGAGUCCUUCAACGCAUGGAAUGACUUGGAAGCCAAUGCCUACACACUGAUGGACCUGCCUCUUAGAGCCCCAACAAAGAUGACAGUGCAAGAUGUGCCUGGUGCCUUUCCUACAGUGGAUGUCCCAGACCAUACCCACUAUACAAUUGGGGUAGUCGUUCUUAUAGUGGGAAUCACAGGAAGUCUGGGUAAUUUCCUGGUCUUCUAUGCUUUCUGCAGGAGUAGGAGCCUUCAGACUCCAGCCAACGUAUUCAUCAUCAAUCUAGCUAUUAGUGACUUUCUGAUGUCCAUUACACAGUCUCCAGUUUUUUUCACCAACAGCCUCCACAAACGCUGGAUUUUUGGUGAGAAAGGCUGUGAGCUGUAUGCCUUCUGCGGAGCUCUUUUUGGCAUUACAUCUAUGAUCACUUUGAUGGUGAUUGCCUUGGACAGAUAUUUUGUCAUCACGAAACCUCUGGCUUCUGUUGGAGUGAUGUCUAAGAAGAAGGCCCUAAUAAUCCUGGCAGGAGUCUGGCUGUACUCACUGGCUUGGAGCCUCCCGCCCUUCUUUGGAUGGAGUGCAUAUGUUCCCGAGGGUCUGAUGACUUCCUGUUCCUGGGACUACAUGACUUUGACACCAUCAGUCCGUGCCUACACAAUGCUGCUUUUCUGUUUUGUCUUUUUCAUUCCUUUGAUUGCUAUCAUAUACAGCUAUGUCUUUAUAUUUGAGGCUAUCAAGAAGGCCAACAAGUCUAUUCAGGCUUUUGGAUGCAAACACGGAAAUAAAGAGUUCCAGAAACAGUAUCAGAGAAUGAAAAAUGAGUGGAAGAUGGCCAAAAUUGCACUGACUGUCAUCUUGCUUUAUGUCAUUUCCUGGUCACCAUACUCUGUUGUUGCUCUGGUAGCUUUUGCUGGGUAUUCUCACAUCCUAACACCCUUCACAAACUCCAUACCAGCUGUGAUUGCCAAAGCUUCUGUCAUCUAUAACCCCAUCAUUUAUGCCAUCAUUCACCCCAAAUACAGAACAGCCAUUGCAACAUAUGUUCCUUGUCUUGGAUCCCUGCUGAGAGUAUCUGCUAAAGACUCACAGUCUUUCAGCAGUUACCCCUCCUCCAGACGAGCGACCAUAACCAGCCAGUCUUCUGAGAUAAGCGUGCCGCAGAAAGGAAAAAGGCGACUGUCUUCUCUCUCUGACAGUGAAUCAGGUUGUACUGACACAGAAACUGAUUCCCCCAGUUUGCUCUCCAGACUUGCUAGCAGACAGAUCUCCUACGAAAUGGGUAAAGGCACAACUGAAACUAGUGACAUAAGAGCCAAACCUAAACUGAAGAGCCAUGAUUCUGGGAUUUGUGAGAAGACAGCUGUAGAUGCUGAUGACAUAUCCAUGGUGGAAUUGCAUGUCACAGAGUACACUGCUACACCUACUCAGCAAACAUCUAAAAAAUGCAGCUUGGAGGAAAUCAAGAGAGGUGAAAGCCUGAAUGGUAUUGGACAAAGAAAAGGACAGUCUCACUGUGGACCAUCUGCAGCUCAGAUACCCAGCAUCACAAUAACAUACAGCAAUGUCCAAGGAGUAGAGCUGCCUUCUGGAUACCACUCUGGUUUCCUGUACCCUAAGGUCAACAGCCACAAGCAAAAUAAGAAGUCCAACAGCUAA